AUGACGCCCCGGGCAGUGUCGGACGCCCCGGCAGUGUCGGACGACCCGGGCAGUGUCGGACGCCCCGGGCAGUGUCGGACGCCCCGGACAGUGUCGGACGCCCCGGCAGUGUCGGACGCCCCGGCAGUGUCGGACGCCCCGGGCAGUGUCGGACGCCCCGGGCAGUGUCGGACGCCCCGGGCAGUGUCGACGCGCCCCGGGCAGUGUCGGACGCCCCGGGCAGUGUCGGACGCCCCGGGCAGUGUCGGACGCCCCGGGCAGUGUCGGACGCCCCGGGCAGUGUCGGACGCCCCGGGCAGUGUCGGACGCCCCGGGCAGUGUCGGACGCCCCGGGCAGUGUCGGACGACCCGGGCAGUGUCGGACGACCCGGGCAGUGUCGACGACCCGGCAGUGUCGGACGACCCGGGCAGUGUCGGACGCCCCGGGCAGUGUCGGACGCCCCCGGCAGUGUCGGACGCCCCGGGCAGUGUCGGACGCCCCGGGCAGUGUCGGACGACCCGGCAGUGUCGGACGCCCCGGGCAGUGUCGGACGCCCCGGGCAGUGUCGGACGCCCCCGGCAGUGUCGGACGACCCGGGCAGUGUCGACGACCCGGGCAGUGCUUUCCGGUGCUAG